CAUUCGCCACUAGCGAGACAUGCAAGCGCUUCUCCUAGGCUCUCAGACGAAACACCAAAAUAUUGCAACUAGUCGUUUCAUUCAUUUCAAAAUUGGGCGUUCUCGUCAGAUUUGACUGAUAACAUAUCGCUAUAAGAAAAUCACCCUAAAUCGGCUCUUCGCUCACCAAUCCUGACCGGCUUGUAAAACGUCCAACCCCUUCACCGCAGUGCCAGACACGGGGCCUCAAUGAUGUCAUCCUAUUACCACUCCGGAAAGGAAACAGACAUGGCGACGAUGACAGAGCCUCUCUGCCUAGAAAGGGACGUAUGUCGGGUGAUCGAACUUCUGGACCGACUGCAGAGGAGCGGGGAGCUGCCCCCUCCCAAACUCCAGGCCUUGCAGAGGGUCCUGCAAAGCAAGUUCUGUGCUGCUAUCAGAGAGGUGUAUGAACAGCUCUAUGACACUCUCGACAUUGUAGGAGGGCCCGAAGUACGGGCCCAGGCAACGGCCAAGGCAACAGUGGCAGCAUUUGCGGCCAGCGAGGGCCACGCUCACCCACGAGUGGUGGAGCUCCCCAAGACAGAGGAGGGCUUGGGCUUCAACAUCAUGGGUGGCAAGGAACAGAACUCGCCCAUCUACAUCUCUAGAGUUAUCCCUGGAGGUGUGGCCGACAGACAGGGCGGGCUGAAGAGGGGUGACCAGCUGCUCUCCGUUAAUGGAGUGAGUGUUGAAGGGGAGCACCAUGAGAAGGCGGUGGAGCUGCUGAAGGCUGCACAGGGCUCAGUGAAGCUGGUGGUCAGGUACACACCCAAGGUGCUGGAGGAGAUGGAAGCCCGCUUUGAAAAGAUGAGGAGUGCCAGGAGACGCCAGCAGCACACAAGCUACUCGUCUCUGGAAUCCCGGGGCUAGGCACUAUUGUCUCAACUAAGCUUGUCAGCCCGCUUACCUUAGUAUCUUUCUCCAAUAGGAAGCCUGACCUCAGACAAGAAGGAAGAAACCAAAGUAGCCAACGUAGACUUACUAUAUUUGUAUUUCCAAUGUAGCCAUGGAUUGUCACUUGUCUUUGCCCUCCCUAUUUAGGCCCUAAGUAGAGACUCUGUAUUUGAACCUUAAACCAAGAAUCCCCCCCCCUCCCCAAGUUCCAGAACAUAAUGUGUUCAGUGUAAGAUCCAAGGAGAGCUGAGUUAGCAUGGUGGAUGUAGUAUAGUACAUAGGUCUGUUUACUUUACUAUAUGAGAUUAUUCUGUACAACACUUAACUUUGAAAGCAAAAGAUUUCAAAGUCAAGAAUAGAGAGGUAGCGCUCGAGGUAGAGGUACUAUGUGUAACUACGAGGUUGGACCUCGGUAGUGAUUUCGGAGCAACUUCUGACAUAUCCUAGAUGAGCAUUCCAAGGUAUUAAUUUGACUAUUUAUGUUUAUUUAUGUACCUUAUUUAUUCAUUAAAUAAAGACUGAUCCUAAAUGAGCAUUCCAAUGCAUAAAUAUGACGAUUUAUGUUUAAGUAUUUGUUAGUGUAUUUAUUCAUUAAAUAAAGCCUGGUAUGGUUUACA